AUGCCUAAAAAGUUGGAAUACACGAAGGGUCAAAGGUGCGGCAAGGAGGAUAAUUGCAGAUCAACGCUGUACUACGAAGAAAAUAGCUUCCAGUACUGCAAGAGGGGGCAUCUGCAGGAGGGAAUACCAACGCAGCAAGAUGAGGAUGACUUUGGCACCCAGGGUAGAAAGACCCGCGUCAGAAGGGAAACAAAAGAAAAGGUCUCCCAAAUUUACAGAGGCGCCACUGCUACAGAGCUCUACCUUCAAUCCUAUCAGCUCAUCCUCUGGAAACAAUGCUACGCCUUGGUCCACACCACUGGCCUCCCAGCAGAGCUCGAGACCGUGGUCAAAGACUUAUGGGCGUUGCGGUUGCAGUUGCUGAAAAGCAAGACUGAUGCUACCUCAGACGAGGACACGAUGUUUAGCUCACAGCCGCAGAGCGAGACGGAGACAGAAGAUAAGCAUGAGGGUGUUGGGAGAAAGUGGAAGGUUAGGGGGAAAAUUAUGCCCAGCUUGAUUGAGACGCUGGGACUCUGCUAUCUGGGAACGAUCCUGCUGCGAUUGCCUGUUAGUAUUGGGGAGAUGCAUCGGUGGGCUGUCAGAGAGGACAUUCCUUUCAUAAGGGCCGUGAGAUUCGUACCGGCUAUCAUGAAGCAAAGGCUACCCGCACAGUACCUCAAAGCACUGGAUACCACGUCUCCGCUCGAGCUAGAUCAGCUACGCAAGACGAUCCAUAAUCUCUCUCUUUUCUACACACACCAUUUCGCGCUCGUCUUCCCUCCACUCAACGCUCCUCUUUUACUCUACAAGCAGAUACGCAAUCUCUCCUUACCAAUCACGCUCCACCUCAAAACGCUCGAGAUUUCUCGACUACUAUUAAUAACGUUCGCCUUUCCAUUGCCUAGCUUUCGGCAGCAGAUCUCUUCCUUGCCCGAAAUUCAGCUGAUAUGUCUGCUGAUAAUAACGGUGAAGCUCUAUCACCCAUUUGACGGCUUUACCCGCCAUGUGCGCUCUCUUGCAGACUCGGCUGUAUUGACAAUUGACUGGGCAACAUGGGUCGACGUUCAAAGCUCUCACAAACUCCAUGCUACCGGCGAGGCUCACGUGGAACGUGGAAGCGAGAUAAAUGUCACGGAAAGGGAUGUCAUGAAUAUGACGGGGGAACAGUUGGACGAUUACAUGGAUUGGUACGAACGCACCUAUGUCGACGAGUCCCGUGUGGAGGAAAAAGCUCGUGGCCUUCCAAAGCAGCUCCUCGACAUGUUUCCAAUAGGUCGUACAGAUGGUUCCAGCCCUACGCCAUACAAUUACGAUCAGAUGGCUGUCAAGGAGCAGGAGACCAUCGACAAGAGGCUCAAUGUGGUGAUGGGCAAGCUGCGUUUGCGCAAUGUAGUCCCUGACAACCCUGAAUAUUCCGCUGGGGUUCAUGGGGACUCGACUCGAAUCGGAAGCUUCUACAAGAGAUACAGGAAAGUUGAGGAUUUAACGCCGCACGCCAAAGCUUUCCAUGAAGCAGUUGCUGAAGCGAUCGGUGUCAGGCUUGAAAGCCUCAUUCUAGCGGUGGGACAGGUGGAGCGAAGCUUGGUGAAGUGGAGAGAGGCAAAGGUGAAGGCAGACAAAGAGGAAGGUGAUGCGCUCAUGGAGAAUACAAGCGACAACAACGCUUGA